AUGGACCCCUCGGAUCCGCAGCAGCUUUCGUCGCUGGCGACGCUUUUCCAGCACACGCUGAAUCCUACGCAGCGCAAGGAUGCGGAGGACCAGCUAGUACAGCUGCAGGCGCAGCCGCGCUUCGCCCUCUUGCUUUUGGCGCUCGUGCAGAGCGAGGAGGCGUCGACGGCGAUCCGCCUGGCGGCUGCCAUUCAGUUUAAGAAUACGUGCAAGACGCGCUGGGAGGUGGACAGUGAGAACGAGGACCCGGUGGUAGGGUUUGUGAGCGAUGAGGAGAAGCAGGUGAUCCGCGCGCAGCUCAUUCCUGUCCUCGUCUCGCUCGCCCGUGCACAGACGCCGUCGCAGGCGAUUUUGGCGCAGCUGAACGAGAGUAUUGCGCUCGUGGCGCAGAGUGACUUCCCUGAGCCGUGGAUCGAGCUGAUCGACGAGCUGGUCAAGGAGCUGGGCAGUGACAACUACUAUGUCCUCCUCUCGAUCCUCUCGACGUCCCAUGCCAUCUUCCGGCGGUGGCGCUCGCUCUUCCGCUCGGACGCGCUCUACUCCGAGAUCAAUCUGGUGCUGAGCAAGUUUGCGGUGCCCCUUCUCGAGCUCCUGCAAAAGGUGUAUGCGAUGCUCGUCGACCCCGCGACGCCCGCGGCGAACGUGACGCCGCUUGCCUCGUGUCUCGUGCUGCUCCUGCAGCUCUUUUACGACCUCUCUGCGCAGGACCUGCCGCCGCAGUUUGAGGAUGCGAUCCCUACGCUCUCGCCCAUGUUUACGCACCUGCUCAAGUUUUCGCGCCCCGAGCUGGUGGGCGACGAAGACGACCUUGCGCCGAGUCUCAUGGACAAGAUCCGCAGCAGCGUGUGUGAGAUCUUUGAGCUGUAUGCGAAGCGCUACCUCGAUGUCCUCCCGCAGCUCCCCGAGUACGUCCAGGCGGUGUGGGACAUGCUGGCGACCUACGGCCCCUCGGAGAAGUACGACGUGAUUGUCUCCAAGGCGAUCCUCUUUUUGGCGGCCGUCGUGCGCAUGGGCAACCAGCGCUCGCUCUUUGAGGCUGACGCGACGCUGGAGCAGUUUAUCUCUGCCAUUGUCCUGCCCAACAUCCAGCUGCGCGACGUGGACGAGGAGAUCUUUGAGGACAAUCCGAUGGAGUACAUCCGCCGCGACCUCGAGACGAGCGUCGAGGUAGACACGCGCCGCCGCGCCGCGUCCGAGUUUGUGCGUGCGCUCCUCGAGCAGUUCUCGGAGCAGAUCACGGCGAUCUGCUCGCGCCAUAUCCGCACCUACCUCGACGAGGCACAGGCGAGCGAGAGCAACUGGAAGAAGAAGGACGCUGCGAUCUACCUGCUCACGUCGAUCGCGGCCCAAGGCGCGACCGCGCAGUUUGGUGUCUCGUCGACCAACACCCUGGUGGACGUCGUGCAGUUCUUCUCCGACCACGUACUCCAGGACCUGCAGCCCGACAAUGCCGCGGCGGAGCGCCGCCCGAUCCUGCAGGUGGACGCGAUCAAGUACCUGUACACGUUUAGGAACCAGCUCACGAAGGAGCAGCUCCUCUCGGUGCUGCCCCUGCUCGUGCGUCUCCUGGCCUCGUCCAACUAUGUGACGUGCACCUACGCGGCGAUCUCGAUCGAGCGCAUCCUCUUUAUCAAGAGCGAGGGCCGCUUUGUGUUUGGCGCGACGGACAUUGCGCCGUUUAGCGAGGACAUGCUGCGUGCGCUUUUUGCCGCCAUCACGCGCAACGACACGCCGGAAAAGGUCGCGGAGAACGACCAUCUGAUGAAGUGUGUCAUGCGUGUGAUCCUCACCGCGCGCGACGCAGUCGUGACCUACGCCGACGCGGUGCUGCGCCCGCUGGUCGAGAUUCUGAGCGUCACCGCGCGGAAUCCGAGCAACCCCCGCUUUACGCAGUUCCUCUUUGAGUCCAUUGCGGCACUCGUGCGCUACGCCGGCGGCCGCGACGCGACGACCAGCCGCGCGAUCGAGCAGGAGCUGUUUGCCCCCUUUACGCACAUCCUCCAGGCGGAUGUGGUCGAGUAUAUCCCCUACGUGUUCCAGAUCCUCGCGCAGCUGCUCGAGGUGCACGCGUCGCACGACACGCAGCGUGAGCUGCCGUCGUCGUACGCGACGCUCCUGCCGCCGCUCCUUACGCCUGCGCUGUGGGAGCAAAAGGGCAACGUGCCUGCGCUGGUGCGCCUCCUCUCGGCCUAUCUGCGCCAGGCGCCGAAGCAGAUUGUCGACGGGCAGCACGUCGAGGCAUUCCUCGGCAUUUACCAAAAGCUGAUCUCUUCGCGCCUGAACGACGUGUUUGGCUUUGCGCUGCUCCAGGCGCUGCUGCGCAACCUGCCCGCCGAGGUCAUGGCGGGCUACAUGCAGCCGAUCCUCACGCUGAUGCUCAUGCGCCUGCAGUCGAGCAAGACGGAGAAGUUCUCGCAGCACUUUGUCGUGUUUGUCGGCUUCUUUUGCGGCGUGCAGCAGGCGGCCUACCCCGAGCAGGUCGUGCAGAGCUUCGAGACGGUGCAGGCCGGCCUCUUUGGGCAGAUUAUGCAGAACGUGGUCGUGCCGGACCUGAGCAAGCUGCUUGAGAAGCAGCGCUUCAACGCGGCCGCGGGCCUCAUCCGGCUGCUCACCGAGAGCCCGUCGAUGCUCACCUCGCAGGCCGUCGUCUGGCCCACGACCCUCGCCGGCGUGCUGCACAUGCUCAGCACGACGCAGGAGCCGGACCUCGACGAGGACGAGCAGGUGGCCGAGCUCGACGAGCAGGGCUUCCAGGCCUCCUUCUCGCAGCUCGCCGCCUCCAUGCCGGUGCGCCGCCCGGACGAGAGCGCGGCGACGUGGGCCGGCAACGACCUCGCGGCGUACCUCGCGCGCCAGCUGCAGACCGCCGCGCAGCAGCACCCGGGCGCGCUGCCGCCGCUGGUGCAGCAGCUGCCCGGCCCCGCCAAGGCUACGCUCGACGCGGCGCUGCAAAAGGCGGGCGUCGCGCUGAACUAG